CUUAUCAGUGCGACUGGGGCUAUCGCGCGACCCCCGACAUGAGAAGAGCGUGGCCCUAGCGCAGUGAUAACACGGCGUCUCGUGCACUAGUCCGCGACGCUCAGGCCCCAUGGAAGGAGGACAGGACAGGAGCAGGAGUGCACUGCACCAGCUUGCCGUGAUCCUCGUGGCUGCCGUCAGCACAGUGGCCUCGGGGAUGAGCCUGGGGUUCUCCGCCAUCGCCCUGCCGGAACUACUGAGGGCGGACAGCCCCGACCACCUGGACAUCGACGAGGCGUCCUGGUUCGCUAGCGUCGCGUCCAUCGCCACGCCGCUGGGAUGUUUGCUGUGCGGCCCGCUGCUGGACCGGUUCGGGCGUCGCGUCGCUCUGCUCGCCCUCAACGUGCCCUUCACCCUCGGGUGGCUGACUCUGGCAUUCACGCCCAGUCCCGUGUCUACACCCGUGCUCUACCUGGGCAGAAUUCUCACCGGUCUGGGUACAGGCAUGGCCAGCAUCCCCGCCUGCGUCUACAUCGCCGAGGUGUCCGACCAAUCGCUGCGCGGCAUGCUGGUCACGUGGCCAUCCAUUGGCAUCUCAGCCGGGAUCCUAGUGGUGUACAUCUUGGGUGCCUUCCUUAAGGACAACUGGCGCCUCGUGGCAGGACUUAGUGCGGCCUUCCCGAUCCUGACCGCUGUUUCGACACUGGUGCUGCUGCCAGAGAGUCCUCUGUGGCUGCUGUCCAAGGGCCGUGACAGGGACACGGAGCUGAGGGCCGUGCCAGGCCCUCAGGAGGCUCUGCAGGCUGGCAGACAGCUCGGGAAGCUACGUGCCUUGACUCUCCCACAGGCCUGGAAACCGCUCUUCGUUCUGAACGGAUACUUCUUCUUCCAGCAGUUCUCGGGCAUCUACGUCGUGGUCUACUACGCGGUGGACAUCAUCCUGCAGGCAGGGGUGUCCAUGGACGAGUACGUGGUGACGGUGCUGCUAGGGGUGGUACAACUCGUGGCGGGUAUCGGCGUUAGCUUCGCACUCACCAGGUGUGGGCGUCGGCCGAUGUCGCUGCUGUCGGGGGUCGGCAUGACUGUCUGCAUGAUGGGCCUGGCCGUGUACCUGCAGCUGGUACCCAACGGCUCGCAGGCUGCCCUCAGCAACCGCGAGCUGUCCAGCAUACCGCUCGGGCUCCUGCUCGCCUACGUGGUGGCUGGGGCCAUAGGCUUCCACACGUUGCCGUGGGCGAUGUUGGGCGAGAUGUAUCCUCCUCUGGUGAAGGGGCUGGCGGGCGGGCUGACUACCUGCCUGGCGUACCUCUUCAGCUUCGCCGCCCUCAAGAUAUAUCCGUACCUGCUGAUGCUGUUAGGAGGUGACGCCGUCAACCCCAAGACAUCGACGUCGGAGGGUGUGUUCUACUUCUACGGCGUGACGUCCCUCCUCGCGACGGCGUUCGUGUUGCUCUUCCUGACGGAGACGCACCGCAAGUCCCUGCAGCAGAUCGAGCAGGAGUUCCUCGAGCGGCCGCUCACCAGGAGCGUGGCGCUGUGGUGCGGGGACUACGGGACGAGUGCAGAACUUUGUCGGAACUGAAACCUGGUCGCAAUGGUCUGGUGAGAGGGUACCGCCGUUUCGGGAGAACAUGCUGCCUCCAUCUCGAGGAUACCUACCUACCAAACUAUACGGUGCCGUAGCUGAGGCGGUCGGCCGUCUGGUUCUAACCGCGGAGGCCCCAGCUUGAUCCCUGGUCAGGUGGAAACUGUGAGGGACUAAGCAGCAUGUGUUGAGCUCUCUUUUCAUUCCACCAGCUGCUUCACAGGCAUACACAUCCAACACUGCAUAGUCUGGACACUCACAGCAGCGAUAAAUAAGCAACUUAAAAUAAAUGCAAGUGACAAGCCUCUCAGUCUUGAGGUUCUGAUACUUUGGGG